UUGGCAGCGGGUGAGGCCCGGCUGAAUUGCGCAUGCGGCUGGGCAGCUCCUCUGCCCGGGCUGCCUUUUGACUACGCGACUGCUGGCGUUGAGGAAGGGUUACGUUAGGACGCCGGUCGGUGAGGCAGGCGGGCAGGCGGGCGGGACUCCUUUCCACCGGCGAUGGGCUCGGAGUGGAGCAGCCCCGAAGAGCGGGAGCCCCUCUUGCAGCCUCCGCCUCCUACCUUGCCCCAGCAGUAUCCUCCGCAUGGCCAGUCCCGGAGGACAGCAGUGGGACCGCAGGCGGCCCCCCGGGGCCAGGUCUUGCGUCCGGUGGGGCCUCCGCGCCUGUCGCCGGUGCCUGGCCGCGUCUACGGCCGGCGGUGGCUGGUGCUGCUGCUCUUCUCGCUGCUAGGCUUCGUGCAGGGCCUGGUGUGGAACACCUGGGGCCCCAUCCAGAACUCAGCCCGCCAGGCUUUCGCUUUCUCCAGCUUGGACAUCGCCCUGCUUGUCUUCUGGGGGCCCAUCGGCUUCGUGCCCUGCUUCGCUUUCAUGUGGCUCAUGGAUAAGAAGGGCCUCAGGGUGACUGUGUUGUUAAUAUCAUCACUCAUGGUGGUAGGAGCUGGCCUGAGAUGUGUUCCUGUAUCAGACCAAGAAACAAGAAAAUGGCUGAUUCAUGGAGGGCAGCUGUUGAAUGGAUUGGCAGGCCCAACUGUAACAAGUGCUGCUCCUCUCCUUUCCACUACAUGGUUUUCACCAGAUGAGCGUGCCACUGCUACGGCCAUUGCAUCAUUGAUCGGUUACCUUGGUGGAGCUUGUGCAUUUUUAGUUGGACCCUUGGUAGUUCCAGGCCCUAAUGGCACAUCAACAGUUCUGCCUGGAAGCAGCCCGGAGCAUAUCAAGGACCGCAUUGAAGCUGUGUUGUAUGCAGAAUUUGGCAUUGUGGCCCUGAUAUUCUCUGCAGCCCUAGCCUACUUCCCAUCACGUCCUCCAUUUCCACCCAGUGUGGCUGCAGCUAGCCAGAGACUCAGCUAUCGAAGAAGUUUUUGUAGGCUGUUAAGCAAUCCCCGGUUUCUGUUGAUUGCUCUAGCCUAUGCUAUACCAUUGGGUGUUUUCUCUGGAUGGUCUGGUGUUCUAGACUGGAUAUUAACCCCAACUCACAUAAGCCAAGUAGAUGCAGGUUGGAUUGGAUUUUGGUCCAUUGUAGGAGGCUGCGUUGUUGGCAUAGCACUGGCAAGGUUUGCUGAUUUUAUCAGAGGAAUGCUGAAGCUUAUACUUCUCUUGUUAUUGUCAGGAGCAACUCUGUCAUCUAUCUGGUUCACUUUGACAUGUUUAACAACUGUCAUUCAUCUUCCUUUAACUACAGCCACAUUGUAUGCUUCUUGCAUCUUGCUUGGUGUCUUCUUGAACAGCAGCGUACCGAUUUUCUUUGAACUUUUCGUGGAAACGGUCUAUCCUGUUCCCGAAGGAAUUACCUGUGGCGUGGUCACCUUCCUAAGCAACAUGUUCAUGGGAAUCCUUUUAUUUUUUCUUACUUUCUACCAUGACGAGUUCUCUUGGUUUAACUGGUGCCUCCCAGGCUCCUGUCUGCUCAGUCUUCUGCUCAUUGUGUGCUUCAGGGAAUCCUAUGAUCGACUUUAUCUCGACGUCAUCGUCUCCGUUUGAUAGCACAAAGCAAAAGGAGGCCAGGGGAGGAUGGAAGUUAGUACCCUGCUUGGCCUCUUUCCUUGGAAAUUGCAAAGACCAAAGGUCGCAGCUGGAAACUACAGAGUUUUAACAUGGACAUUUUAAUUGAACUUACAAAGAGGUUUUUAAAGUACUCUUCUUAAUUUCAUAUUUUAUUAUCUAGAAAAUUAUGAGUGUUGUACUUGAAUGGGAAUUAGAUUAUUUUUUUAAAAGCACACACUCAAAAGAAUGUGUGUUAGGGAGAAGCUAUAGUUUAUGAACUGUGAGAUUUUUAUUUAAUAAGCUAUUUAUCUGGUGUACAGAUUUUGUGCCAACUCAAGCCACUUACAAGAUAGAUACGAUACCAGUAUCUAAUUUAGGGUUUAAGGGAGGAACAUCUAUCCAUUGCAUAAAAUAUUUUCGGCAUCCUAAAUAGUCUUAUAAGAAUUCUGAUAAUCCAAUAUUUUUUUUUUGCUUUUUAACAACAUUCUAUUCCUCAUGGUUACAUGAAAAGACUAGCGCUACUGCGAUGAUAAAAGAUUUUCAAAGUAGUUAUCAGGGUUGAACAAGUUGUUAGUGCGAGUCAUCUAAUUUCUAUCCAAAAUGAGAAUAGUAGAUAGGAAUUUCGCUUCUAAGGCAUAGGAUUUUGAAAUAAUUAUGGCUAAAUAUUUAAAAUCCAUUUAAAUGUCUUAGGAUGCCCCUUGUACACUACAUUUAUUUUCUAAUGAAAUCAUGUAUCUCAUGUUUUUAACCACUUCCCUUCUCAACACAUUGAAGGGUCUCGUGUCACUUGGUGCUAUGUAUUCAGUUUAUGUUUAAAUAAUUAAUUGCCUUAGUAUAGGAGGUGACAUCUGUCAUCAAGUAGGGGUAACUCCUAGUCUGUACUGCUGGUUUCAUGUGUCUAUACUGAACUUUUCUUUUCAACUCUGGUUAAUACCACCUUUUCUGGGAAUUUCUUGUUUAAUUUCUGCCACCCAAAUAGCACAAGUCCUCCUCUCAAAGCCUUAUAAAUCUGAUUAAAUGUAGCUUACAGCUUUUCUGUUAUAGGUCAUGCCAGUUUUCCAGUUAUUUUCCAAUUCAAAGAGUGCCUAUCAUGCGUGUUUUUUUUAUAAACAGUUGUUUACUGGUGGUACUUUCAAUACUCUUAGUGGCAGAAUUAAAAGGCAAAUCAAGUGGAAAGAUUAUAGGUUGGAUCCAGAUGCUGCCUUCCACAGAAAGCUUUUGAUCCAGCGGACAGAUCCCACAGGUUGAGGGGAGGGGGGAGGGUCAUUUGCCAAUUUCUCUUCUUCCACUGCAGACCCCUGUGCCACCUCCCACAUUGUUCCAGGUGGUCACUGAACCCUAUGGAGCAUUGAGGAAUGUAUGGCUGGAGGCGACAGAAGGGGGGAAAUCACAAAAAUCACACACACACACCCCUUGGCAGGAGCAAAGUCUGGAUCCAGCUCAGAGUCUUUAGCCUCUGAUCUUUAGUAUAACAUGUGGUAAGUGCAAUGCCAUGUAUUCUUCAUUUGAUUUUGUUUUAAAAAGCUGACCUAUCUUCUCCCAUUGGUUUUACAAAGUCUCACAAGCUCAUGCUUCGUAACAAAUCUGAUGCAAGUGGUGUUUUGCCACAUAUUGGUGGUUUCAUUCAUUUGAAAGGGGGAAUUGUCAACCUGUGUUUACUAAAUUGUGGCCUGCAUGAUUUUCUUUUAACACAAAUAUUUCAAAUCACUUUAAUUAGCAUUCCUACAGCUCUGCUUAAUAUUGACUGAGUUUUAAUCCUGAGUUUGUUCUCUUCCAUUGGUUGGUUAGUCUGUGUCUGUGCACAUGUGUAACAUUUCUUUGCACAUACAAAUCUUACUGGUGUUAUUUCUCUUGUUGCAAAUUUCUACUAUAUCACAUAUACAUAAUUUCUAAUGAUACAGUAGUGCCACUGUCCAUUAGAAAAGAAAUAUCUUCAAGAAAUGAAGUAGUUUACAUAACAGUUGGGCCAUUAAAUAGAGUUUGGCUUUUUUAAGGGAGGGGCUUAUAACAAAGCCAACUUGCUCAAGGGCAUGUUUGGAUGCUGCCAACUAAUAUUCUGCUUCAGUGAAAACUCUGAAUUUGGAAGUGCUUCAAUCGUUCAAGGAAUUUUAUUCUGCCACUCUUGAUUCAUUUGGCCACUAAUUCAGAAAACUUACUUUCUGUUUGGCCAGUCAGUCAUUUUAUUCUGUAGAUCAGGUGUGGGGAACCAUUGGCCCUCCAGAUGUUGCUGAACUACAACUCCCAUCAGCCCCAGCAGGAAUGGCCAGUUGUCAGGGAUGAUGGGAAUUCUAGUUGAGCAACAUCUGGUGGGGCAAAGGUUCCCCACACCUGUUGUAGAUAAUCUAAAUAUUCCGAUUUGCAUUUAGGAGCUUAUAUAAAAUUAUUGGUAUCAUUUUAUAGAGUCAACUUUUUGUGGUUGUUGCUGGUGCCAUUUUAUAUACUGCAUAAUAGGAUGUGACACUUUGAGGAAAUGAUCCUUGACAGUUCAUGAAAUAUGAAAAAUGUUUCCCUUGGAAGUACUUUUCAACAAAAAUGUAGACAUUUUCAUUUGUGAUGUAAAACAGUUCUGAUUUUCCCUCACUUCAGAGGCAAGCUCUUCUGUAUUUUUAAACAGGUUGCCUAGUAGCUCUUGCCAUAUCAUCCUUUCCUUGGCUACAACAUGCACAAGAAGGUACAAGUCCUCCCAUUUAACACCCUUUUGGUAGCCAGUAGGGAACAGUCAAGCUUUUGUCUGAUAGCAAUGCCAGGUAGUACAUCCUGGUCCCAACUGUGUCAAGGCUAGGGAUGGGAUCUGCUUGAUGGUGCCUGUUCAAUUGCAUUCCAUCAAACUGGCAGGUAGUUCCAUUUCAGGAUAUUUUCCCACUAUCCUUUGCUUUUACCAUUCUGAUUUUGUUAACAAUAUUUUCCUUUCAAAAUGGAAAGUGGCUUUCCCUCUGCCAAGUGCCUGCCUCACUCACUCAAUCCCCUCCUUCUCCUCCCCCCCCAAAAUGGUAUUGGAUCCCCCCCCAUUCCCUUUGAGAAAGCAAGAGAUAGUUUUAAUGAAAAGCAGACACAGGCUUGUUAGUUUCAAGUCAGCAAAGCAAAGAGACAGCCUGGUCAGUUUCAUAUUAGCAAAGCAAAGUUCCAUUUUUUUUAAGGGUGUCAGGGAAACUGGCAGCAUUCAGGAUUGUCUGAAAACGUAGCAAACAUGUGGACUAUAGGGAAGUUCAGUGCUCAUCUCUAGUCAAAGCUGAAUCUUCUUUUCUACUAAUCAAGAGUUAACCUCAGGGCUGUGGAGUCGGUAAGCCAAACCUUCGACUCUGACUCCUCUAUUUUUCUACUGUCCGACUCCGACUCUGACUCCUUCAUAAAUGGCAAAUGUAUAUUAACUAGUAAUAACAAAUUUACUGUAGUAAAAUGGUAGCACAUGGCAUUUCAUCACCACCACGUGAAUCAUCAGGCUAGAUUGAUAGAACAUAAAAUAUAUUUAUUUGAUUAAAAUUUCUGAACAAGAAAACUUUCCUAAAUUCCUAUGAAAGUGAAUGCAACAAACUAUGCAUUUCAUAAUUUUAAAAAAAGGUUUUUUAACAGAAACAUAGGAUAUACCUUAAAACUAAAGAAUAUAUAAAAUUAUGACUAACAGAACACAAUGCAUAAGCUGUCCUCUUACAAACUUUUUAUAAUUACAUUACCAAAUGCUUUCCUAUAAUUUCUUUAAUAAACAUAUGUACUACAGAAUUAGGUCUAAUAGACCACAAAAUUAUUUAUUUGAGCAAAGAAUCUGAACAAAAAAAUGCUGUCAGAUGAAAACAUACAAGACACUGUUAUGCACUUAAUAUUUUUAAUAAAUCUAUGAAGAAUUUGUCCUUAGAAAAAGAAUCGCCUCAAUCAGAUCCUCCUUCAUGGAUGCCCUCAGAUCCGAUCUAAUUAUUCUAAGAGCAGAGAACAACCUCUCAACACUAACUUGGGUCAGUGGCAAAGCAGUAACCACCAGGGCAACAUCUCUGACAAUUUCAGGAUAUAAGGGAAUGGCUUCUUGCACUGUUAGUUUUGAUGAACGAUCAAAUUUUUCUACUUCUUUUAGUGCAAGUGAGAAAUUUUGCUGAAAUUUACUCAGUUUGUUCUGCAUGGGUUCGGAGGAAUCCUUUUCUAUGCGGCAACGCUUUGCACGCUGCUUGUGAUCCAAAUAUUUUUCAAAAUCAAAUUCAUCCUCAUUUGAUGAGGUUGAAGACAUGGCAACACUAACUUCUUCCUCCUCCUGACAUUUCUCUAACCCAGUCAUCCUAACUGCUACCUCACACAGAGCAUCUUUCCCUUUAGUCAGCUGUUCAUCAUCCAGCAGAAUCCGGUGCAUUGGGUCUACAUAAACAGCUGCCAAAAGAAUCUUGUUCUGUAAUAAUAGUGCCUCUCUUCGUUUCAUUGAAGCAGCAAUGCCAUCUGCAAUUAACCCUCCUCUUUGGGACAGGCGAAACAUCAGGCUCUUCCACUCCUUCAAGAAAAUGCCUGGAGUUAAGUCCUCAGCUUGUAAUUUUUUAGUCACUGUAAAUGGGUGAUGAAGCAACUCUUCCAAUUGUGUCACCUGUGUCCACUGACCUUCGCUUAGCGUCACUUGAGGGUUGGCCAUGUCCACAAGAAAGGGUUUCAGGUCAAGCAAGCGCUGAAUCAUUAAGUAGGUACUGCCCCAGCGUGUGGCUUGAUCUAUAAUUGCCCCUUUUCCAGUGCAUCUCUUCAAAAUGGAAUCAACUUUAGGUGUUCUGGCAGCAAUAACUAAUUUCCUCACCUUGCCAAUCAGAGCAGCAGCAUGUCCUUCUUUCAGACUGUGUCGUAUUGCCACUGCUGUGUGUGCACAACACAGCGCAUGGGAUGAAUUCGGGACAGUUUUGAGGCAGCUUCAACAAGAUCAUCUGAAGGAUCAUCAUUUUGUCGUUCUGUAGCAACUUCAGUUUGUUCCUUAGUUGCAGGAGCAUGCUCUUCAAACAUUCCUAUAUCUCUGAAGUGUUCUUCCUAGCUGUUGAUCACCUUCAUUAUCUGCAUUCAUUAGUUUAAUUGUACUUAGCAUGUUUGAAGCAUUGUCAGUUACAAUACAAAGAAGUUGUUCUUUUUUAAGUUCAUAAUCUUGCAGAACCUUUUCCACUAAGACCUGGAGAAACUCGCUGGUGUGAUGAGCUUCUGUGUCUCUUACUGCCAGUGUCUUGGUAACUAUUUCAUUCUUGUCACAAACAAAUCGGACAUUGAUGGCAAAAUAGUUCACUCUGUGGCAUGUGCAGGCAUCCAUUUUAAGACAUACAAAGUGCCCCUGAGAGUUUUUUUUAAGUUCUUCCUUUUGGUUAAGGGCUUCUUCAAUCACAAUUUUUCUAAUACUAUCUCAAGUUUGUGGGCCAUUUCUCCAUUCAGACCUAUAAAAGCUGGUCGUGAAAAUAAUGAUAAAGGCACACCAUCCUUUGCAACAAGUUCUAUAUGUUUUUUGAAUGUAUUUGCCGUCAUUGUUACAGUAACUUUGUCACCGACAAAAUAUCUUGUAACUGAUGUCUGAGAAGUUUUCUGAUCCUUUGCUUGGCUGAAAGUGCUGGGCAUUAGUUCCUGGCUUUUGCUGUUAUCUUUCUCAUUCACAACUUUGAAUACUUCUGGAUGAAAGCACUGUAAAUGUCUUUUUAAAUUGGAAGCUCUCAUAGGAGCAUGUUUAUCGCUGCCUGAAUAUGCACUGAUCUUGGCAUCACACCAUUUGUCUUCAUCUGGGUCUUUUGUCAUACACUGACACACAAAAUGUUUUCCAUCCUGAGUUAUGGUGAAAUGCUCAAAUACAGCUGACUUCAUGAGAAGCUUCUUUGACAUUGUGAAUUUAUAUUUUUAAAAAUCUGUCAAUCAAAAUUACAAAUAUUUUUCCUGAAAAAUAAAAAAGUAUAAAAUAUAGGUAUAAAAUGAUAUAUUUACCCAAAGCCCAUGAAAGCCCAACAGCCUCAACUCAUUCCUCUGGCUAUGCCUUUGCACACCAGUUAUCCUGAAAAAUAACCCCAAAACCCAAAGCCCCAAAAUGACAACCUUCCUAUGACAACCUUCCCAAAAUGGCUGCCUCACAGAAGGUCUGCCAAAAUGGCCACAAGGCAAAGAAAGGCCCAGUCACAUGGCCCCAAACUACCACCCAUGCUCCAGCACUAACUGUAGGCCCCCAAUGAUUCCAGCCCUCCAGACCCUUAACAAGCCACCCAGGAGGCCUCAAAUGAAGCAGGCCUGCCAGGCCUACCAGAGACGUUCUCUGCCCCGACUCCAAACUUUGCAAUGCCAGCCCUCCUCCAGGCCCUUAACAGGCCAGCCAGACUGCAUGGGAGGCUGCUAAGUGAAGCAGGCCUGCCAGGCCUAGCAGAGACUCUCUCUACCCAGACUCCAAACCUUGCAGGCCCCUUGCCUCAACCGCUUCAAGCCUGUCUCUCACGCUCCAGUGCUGAGAAGCUGACCCACCAGGUCCUCUCUCUCCCACCUUGUGUGCCACCGAAACAGAUAACCAGCCAAGGACCAAAGCGCAUAACGUGGCCUAGCAACCUGUUCCGUCUAAGGCCUAAAGCACCUAAUGUGGCCUAGCUGCCUGCUCCGUCGUCGCAUCAGGCCAGAAAGAGGCAGAGGGGAGGUGGAGCAGGGCUUAAAUAGCCACCCUGCUCCACCCCCUAUGUGACAGGCAUGCGUGGCCAUGCCACGCCCAAAAGGGGAGGGGUGUUGAAGCCAUGCCAGGUCUUACCCAGCAUGACUGCAAAGGCCCACCAUUGCCAGAGCUCUGGUCUGACAAUGGUGGGAAUUGUUAUAAUAUUAUAAGUUUUUAUUUUGAAGCCGGAGUCAGUACAUUUCCAGCGACUCUACCCAAAAUUGCUUCCGACUCCGACUCCACGCCUCUGACUCCACAGCCCUGGUUAACCUUAUUGGGCUUCAGCUAUAUGCAUCUGAAGUACUUUCAUAAGAAGCAGAAAAAGGUUUAUGACACCCACACCCCUCCUAGCAGUUAUGCUGUUUGUGUGGCAUCAGCUAAAAUUAGUCCAUAGAAUCAGAUUAAACAUUCUCAUUGAUUAAUCUUUUUGGGAUCUCCCCAUUAGCAUUCUUUGUAAUCUUCAAGACAACUACAAUUUCAGACUGCAGACUAACUGCAAUUUCCUGGGGUUAUAAGCUUGGGCCUGUCAUCUUUGGAUUUUGUGUUCUCUCAUCUUAUGUACAUGAGUUACAAAGUCAUUUCAGAUAACACAGAUGUAACUUUAUUAUCACUGUCCAGGACAAGGCAGAUCUAUUGUUCAUCUUUUAUGUAGUGCAGACCUGUUUCUUUUCAGACAACUUGGUCAGCUGCUCUCAUAUCACAAAGAAUAUUAAGGCAUACUGCCAUAACCUGAAGAGCUGCUAGAUCCCUGCGAGUGCUAAACAUUUAGACUUUAUAAAGAUUGAACGCAUAAUCCAAAAUGAGCCACCGCAUGGGUGUUUACUAGAAAGGGAAGUAGAUAUAGGCUUUAUGUGGAAUUAAUUAAAAUAAAGGUUAUAUGUUACCCAAUGGCUCAAGACAGCCUGUAAAGGUUCUGAUAGCAUCAAUUUUGAUUUGGUCAUUAAUCCUUAUAAUUAUAUUGGAUAAUAUUGUUGACAUCUCAAGCUUUUAAAGCAACAAAAUGGUUUGGGGAAAGCUUUUUGUAUGUGAUGAGUUUGCUUUUUACUCAUCAGUUAUUUCUCAACAUUAAAAUGAAAAUGUCAUGGUUGGUCUGGUGUGUACGGUAAUAGUAUAGGAGUGAGUGUAUGUAGACUAUCAUGUAGAAACCAAAGUGAAGUUCUUUCAUGCAAGUCCUAUUGAAAUGAAUAGGAACGGCACAAGAGCACCUAAUCUUGUGUUACUCCCCUUCUUUUCAAUGUGAUUUACAGCAGAAAUUUCCAGUGAAAUGUUCUCUGGUGAGUGAAGUUCCAUUGUCGUGUUACACAGUUACUUGGUCCCAUUGAAAUGAGUAGGAAACCUGCCAUUGUGUUGAAUGAGACAGGAGUAGUGUUUUUACAUCGAUUCUCAAGAAGUCUAAAUAUAGAAAUGAUAAAAGAUGUCUAAAUAUAGAUGAUCUAAAUGUAGAUCAGUAUCUUAUCAGUUAAAAAAAGCAGAACACUGAUUGCAGUUCUGACUACAUUCCAUAUUUUUACAUCAGUUCCACGCUUACUUGGAAAUUUGGUAACAUUUAAACAAAAGAGACUUAAUUUCAAGUAGGAUUUAUGUGUUUAGCAUUUAAGUUAAAAAUACGUUCCUCAGAAAGUACACCAAAUCUUUUAUCACAAUCAUUUCCAGCUUUUGGGGAAAGAAUGCUUUGUCCACCUCUUUCCCCUUUCUCUGGGGAAAGGAAUGCCCUCAUGCCCAGUGACUAGCAUUCUGCCUAUCAGUUCAAGCAAAAUGAGCAUGUGACAUUAUUUCCAUAUGUGAGAUGGGAAACAUUGGUUAGCCUGGCUGCAUUGUGCAUACAAAAAGAAAUAAAUUAGGACUCUGACAUUUAAUCACAUAAUCAGGUAGAUUAAUCAGUCAAAAUAUUUUGAUCAAAUAAAAAAGUGCUUUGAAUAAUCAGGCAGUAUAUUUUUAAUACAAUAUUUAUAAAUAAUGUAGAUGGCAAGCGCCAUCUUAGAAGAAGUAUUCUCUCCUGUGUGAGAAUGUGUGAAGUGCCUUUUCUAAGAUGAGGUUUGCUGCUACACAUGUGCAUCACCUAAAAACAAAGUACACAUUUUUCUUUAGAACUAUAGGGUUGUAUCCAAAUGCGGCAUGAGCUCUUUCCCUUCAUCCUGUCUACAGGCCAUGGUUACCUCCCAGCCCAGGCAAAGCCUGUGUCGUCUAGGGCUACAGGGGACGAAAAGGAGGUGGUGGGUGGGGAGGAGAGAAAGGUAUUGUGUGAGAUUGCCUUCUCCUUGUGCAAAGUUGGAUGCAACUCACUGUUUUCAUAUGCAAAAUUUAUGCAGAUUUAAUCAAACCUCAAUUAAUUAUGAAUAUGUUUAUAUCUCUGACCACCCCAGUAAAAAUAAAAUUUCCUCCAAACCACUCUACCCCCAAAUUCUAGAUUUUGCAGUAAGAACAAUUCAUACAUUAUUUCAAAUACACUUAACUCCAACGUUUCGUUCUGACUGAAUUGUGUGUGUUUUUAAAGAAAAUCUAGAUAAUUGAAAAGUGGCAUGAUCUGGGGUUGGAUGGGAAAAUGAAGGAAACUGUUAUGGCGUGUUAAACUCAAUUCAUUGUAUAGAAAUCCUCACUGCCACCCCUGGAAACUCAGGCCAAGAUCCUCCUUAGCCCAGGCUUAAAAAGAAAAGUACUCUGUAACAAACAACAAAUUCAGCAACUUGAAUAAAUUUAAUACUCUUUCAUUUUGCACAUUUAUUCUGCGAUUUUUAGCAUUUUGCAUGAUCUGUCUGUGCUUGGCAUGGAGCUGCCAAGGGCCUGCCAUCUGACCUCAGGGUACCUUAUUUAGCUACCCCUCUGGAUUCUGAGAUUUUACCCUCCUUUGCCAACACAAUUUCAAGCAUAUCUUCACAACCAGAAAGGCAUGGAAGCUUAAAAUAAAAUAAAAAGCUUUAAAAACUAAAUUGUUUUGGCAGUGCCACAUCCAGUGGCUUUUUUGUUCUUCAAUACAAUUACAACAUACCAAUGGGCUUCCCUUUUAUGUUUCUGAACAUGUAGCAGAUAGUCCUUUUUAUACUUUUUUCCCCUCCAGAACCAUGAGAACUAGAAACUCAGACUUUCAGGACAUCAAACCCCUCUACAGAUCUCUUUCAUCACCUCCCACCUUUUUAGUACCUGUUAGGGUUGGGAAAAACUGAAGGGAGUAUGAAAAGAGGAAGGCCAAACGAGACAGAUUGAUUCCAGAAAGGAAGCCACAGACCUGAACUUACAAGAUCUGAACAGGGUGGUUUAUAACAGAUGCUAUUGGAGGUCACUGAGUCAUAGGGUCGCCAUAAAAUCGACUUGCAGGCACAUAACAACAAGAAGAGCAGUUUGCAUUCUGUGUUUGUAUCUGCAGUCUUCCGAAUAUGGAAGAAUUGAUGCAAGUGUCAGGAUUUACAAUGUGAGCUGGAGAACUUCAUGGUUAUCGCCAACUCAACAUUCUUUUUUAAGUUUCAUUUUUUUCUUCAUUUUAAUAUACAGCUCCAUGUUCUUAAUUAACAUACUCCACUAAAUAAUGAGAAACGUUUUGGUAAACUAGGUCAUACAGGUGUAUUCCUAUGGUGAAAUGUCAACAAUUACAUAUAAUCCCUGAAAAAUAUUUUGAUCUGCUCUUGGGUUGGCUCUGCUUUGCUUAAGGUUAAUGAUACACCUUCAUUCAGUGACUUAGCAUUUAGUUCAACUCAUUUUUCUAGCCACUGUUCUCUCGGUUUUGCACUUUUCUUUGAAUUCAACUCUCUUUAUAUACAAGCAAUUGUCCACCUGUCAAAAUUCUGCAUGUUCUGCAAUGUGCAGUAUCCCUAACUUAUGUUUCAGAGAAAGAUGUUUUAUAUGUUAGAACACUUGGAUUUUUAAUUGAAUCUCAGGAUUUGUUUUAACGAGGGUUGAUGAUCUGAAUAUGUAGAAAAACCCAUUUUCAUUUGUUGGUAUGAAUUUUCGUAAAUCUAGCCUGAAAGUGUAAAACUAAAAGGACAAAAUUUAAUUAGGGCUUGAAGGCAUUUUGCUUUUUGUAAUUUUGUAGAGAAAAAAUAUUUUUAUUUUUAGGGCAAGUUCUACUUUUGUAUGUAAUAUGCUGGCAUGGGGCACAAUCUAUCAGAAACAUAUCCUAUGUUUGUCCCAUUGAAAUGAAUUUAGAGGUGUGAUCCUUCCGUACCAUUCAUUUUUUCUUUUGAACUUAAGUAGGACAGGUUUCUCAUGGAUUGUGUCUGUGAUGUCUUUUAUUUUUUAAUAAAAAUUAUUUAAAACCAUUGUGCCCCUAGAAAUGUAAAUGUCACCUUUCACUUUGGAGUUCUCUUGAAACUGGAAUCUUGCUGUAAAUGGUUCAUGUUUACUUGUGUGUAAUACUUGAUACACAUUAAAAAGGUUAAUUGUA